ACGGAACAUUUAACGAAGGAACUAUCAGUUCUGUCCGGUGAACGUUUCCUCUGACAAACCAGAAAAUGAUAUAUUUGUAAACAGAAUCAGUGAAGCCGCACAUUGUGCCCUUUUGAUGGCAUCAUCAUCAUCAUCCAAUGUGGAGGAGGAGCAUUCUUCUUUGUUACACACAUCCUCAUGUGGAUUCAUGUGAGAGCUGACUCACAUACACAGAGAGAGAGAGAGAGCCAUCAGCCUGUGUAAGAAAAGCAGUGCCACCCCAAAACUGUGUCAUAAGAAUUUCUGGCAAAAGCCAGAGCUAUCAUAAACUCAAUAAGAGUGUCCGCCUCUAGCUAGUUGAUUAACAGAGCUGUGUUAACGAGGAAUUGUUUUCCUGGAAGAAGCCUCCUACCCUCGAGGAACACGGCUUCCCUCUGGGGCUCAGACUGCAGAUGCUUCAGCUGCGAGGUCCAGAGCCGCUUGGAUCGUCCCCUGCCCAGAGAACCACCCAGCCCCAUAGAGAACCACCACCCCACCUGCCCUAACAGCCUCCACACGGGGCCAAGCCGAGGAGCACCAUGGAGGAGGUAGAGGCCCUGCCCUGGAGGCCACCGAGGACUUCCUACACCGCCUGGACGGAGGUGGAGGCCAGGGAGGGGAGGGGGUCCGGCAGCCCAGGCAGCACCACCCCAAGCUGCAGGAGAUGUCUGUAGCCCUGGGGAAGCUGAGCUCUAGCAGGGUGUGGGGCCUGCUGGCUGGGGAGCAGGGGACCGAGGUGUCCCCGCGUAACGUGGCCUGGGCUGACCAGCCCUCGGCCUUCAGCGUGCUGGCUCUGAGGCAGGGGAAAAGGAGCCGUGCUCGUUCCACUAAUGACCUGGCCGCCCACCAAGGACACCAACAACACCUCCUCUAACGCCGCCUUUAACAAAGGCCACAACCGCUCGCGGUCUGAUGUUAAUUACCGGCCGUCCUACAUGGACAACGCUAACGGCCUGCCUGCUGUGGACAAGAAUACGCUGAAGAACAUGGCUUUCAACAACCAUAGAGAAGAAGACCGUAAGGACAGCAGCGGUAGUGUGGUGAAACAGGGUACCCUGGAGCAUCGUGAGGGUCAGAAGGGUCGUUGGAGCGUCUGUCACGUAGAGCUUACCCCAUGUGAGCUGCGCGUCUACAGCCUGGACAGCAGCGGUAACCGGCAGCUCUGCACCGCCUACUCCCUGUCCCACUGCCAGGGGGUCAGCCAGUCCCAGCCGCCCCAGGACUGGCUGCCCAGCCCGCCCACAAAAAUGCAGAGUGUCUUCCAGCCUUCUCCCCGUUCUUCCGUUACCUCUGGAGGUCACGACACCAGACCAGAUCCCUGUGGUCCUGCUGAGGCUGCCCUGGCCCCUAGUUGCUUCCAUCUCCUCCCGGCCCGGCCCACGGCCCUGCCCCUGUUCACCCAGUGCUGUACGGAUGUCCUCAAGGCUGGUCUCCUCCACCAGCUGACUGACCAGAACAACUGGAGGGCCUUCACCUUCGUACUGAGUCGCUCCACGCUGCAGGCCUUUCCCACCGAGGGCCGGGGGCCCGUGUCUGAGCCCGUCCUCCACUACCCGCUGGCCUCCUGCCUGGCUGUGCAGAGGGACGAGGCCGAGGGGGUGAGCGCUGGCUGCUUCCAAGGCGUCUUCCCCAGCGAGGUGCUCCGUCUGCGGGCUGAGAGCAAACUCAAGGCCCAGGACUGGGUGGAGGCCCUGCAGAUGGCCGUGGCAGCCCAGAGGCCCCAGGGUGAGGAGGGACAGGGUUCCGGCCAGGCCCAGCCGGGUGCAGUGUCGACGGGGAUUCUGCUGAGGAGCAAGCCCUCCAGGGAGAGGAGGCAGAGGGACACCCAGAGGGCCAAGAGACAGUCAGUCACCACCAGCUUCCUCAGUAUCCUCACCUGCCUGGCUGUGGAGAAGGGCCUGACCACCCAGAGCUUCCGGUGUGCAGGGUGUCAGAAGCCAGUAGGAUUGUCGCGGGGCAAGGCCAAGGUGUGUUACUACAGUGGCUGGUACUACUGCCAGAGCUGUCACCAAGACAACCUGUUCCUCAUCCCUGCCCGCCUGCUGCACAACUGGGACACCAACAGACACAAGGUGUCCAAGCAGGCCAAGGAGUUCCUGGAGUUUGUUUAUGAGGAGCCCCUGCUGGAUGUGCAGCAGUUGAACCUGUGUCUGUAUGAACACUGUGGGGGCCUGGCUGCAGUCCUACGCCUGAGACAGCAGCUCCAGUCCCUCAGAGCAUACCUGUUCAGCUGCCACGCCGCCGUGGCCGAGGACCUCCGGAGAAGGAUCUUCCCCAGAGAUUACCUACUGCAACAUAUCCACCUGUACUCACUGGCUGACCUGCAACAGGUGAUAGAUGGGACGCUGGCCCCCUUCCUCUCCAAGGUGAUUCAGUUUGCCAGUUCCCACGUCUACAGCUGCAGACAGAGCAGAGAGAAGGGCUUCAUCUGUGAGAUGUGUCAGAACGGACAGGUCAUCUACCCCUUCCAGGAGAGUGCUACUAAGAGAUGUGAUGUCUGCAGAGCGGUGGUCCAUACAGAGUGUCGUCAGAAGGCCCAGCCAUGUCCACGCUGUGUCCGCAGGGAGCUCCACCACACGAGACCCUAACGACGAUACACCAGGCUGCUUCACAAUGCCCUACCAGGACACCUGAUCACACACAGAGAGAGAAACAGCGGACCCACCUCAGAUCUGCUCUUACCAAAGUGUGUGUGUGUGUGUGUGUGUGUGUGUGUGUGUGUG